AAGGCAAAGCUGCCGAUGGCAGAGGGCCCCAAAACUGCAGGAGAGUUUGAACUGGCAUGGCGGGGGUUCAAGGGCAACCACAGCCUCCAGGCUGCCUACCUCUGCAGGGUAGAUCCCGACAGCCUCGCUGCACUGUUCAAGACGUCACUGACGCCGACUAUGUGCGCUGCGAUAAUCGGUACAGCACUUGGGCAGCUGGGAUCGGAUGGGUCCCAAGGGCCUUGGCUGUGCAUCCUGGAAGGCUUAACCCAGGUGCCUCGGUUUGGGAUGGUGGCGAUGCUCAUUGGCCGGAAGGAGCGAGGUGAGCUGAAAACGGCGUGGGGGGAAGCGGCUGGCAAGCUGGAGGGGGAGGCGGCGGACAGGCUGGGUGCAUUAGCGCCAAUAUACAAGCUGUGA